AUGUCGAAAGGAAAACAAACGGCCAAAUUACCCCCCAGCGGUGGAGGGACUGUCUACUGCCAUACCUGUCGGAAAUCCUUCGUCAAUGCAGAUGCUCUACUCCCAUUACCUUCACCCUCCAGCGCUGAUAAGCCAGCGGCCUCGCCGACAAACAAGAAGUCCAUGUGCAUUCAAUGCAACAGGCAGUUCCAAAGCAAAGCAGCAUUGCGAAGUCAUGAAAAGGACUCCCCGAAACACAAAACCAUCCCAAAAGUUCCACCAGGAGCUUCCUCCAGAAUCACGAAGGCACCUGCCGCAGGCCUAAAUCGCAGGGAAGAGAUAGUAACGGCCCCAGAGACAGAGGCAGGCGGAAGUAACGUUAAGGGGAAUAACAACAUUGAAGCGCCACUAGCAGACUUAGGGCAUCAAUCAUGCCCACUCCCACUACCACGCCUACGGCUACACCCACCCAAAGCAUCGGCUCUGAAAGGGGAUCCGGAUGUUGACAUUGGUCUUACGGAGGUCGAUCUUUUGGUGGACGGGUUGGUACUAUCCUUCUUCGAAGCUGGCCCAGACGCGACGAAAACCGAUAGCCCAGUUGCUUCGUUACCAGGGGAGGAUCAGGAGAAGAAUGCCAAUUCCGAGAGCUACGAACUAGUUGUACCCGACGUUCCUGCACCGUGGUCGUCGAUCCCCUUGAGCGAGCGUGACGUGGUGCUGGAUGCUCUGCAAGCGCAAUGCCACUCCAUGGAAUCCCUGGCGGGGGAAGGAUACUGGACCCAGACGCCAUCGCCGGUGGAUAUUGACAUGGGCAGAAAAUGCAGUGACUGCGGAGUCGCAAAGCAAAGAAUCAGUACACACCCAGAGGAGUCGCAAGGGAUAAUACGUGGUCGCGGCAAAGCGACACCAAAGAAGUCCCGGUGCGGUAACUGCAAGCAACCCGGUAAUUCAAAGGGCUGUAUCAUCUACUCUGCCCAUGACUUCGCACCCCCAAAUGCAAAUCUAGGCAAGAUGGCACCUACACCAGCAUUCAACCGGGACGCUCUCAAGGCCGUCGUGCUGGACUGUGAAAUGGUCGGAGUCCUUGGUGCGAGUGGCCGCGAAUGCAGCGAGCUUGUCCGUGUCAGUGCGGUCGACUUCCUAAGCGGCGAACUUAUACUUGAUACCUACGUCUCUCCGCAGGGCCACGUAACAUGCUGGCGCACGAAGUUCAGCGGCGUCAAUCCAUCUGUUCUCGCGGAGAAGAAGCGGGAGGGGAAGUUGAUAAAGGGCUGGCAAGCUGCAAGGGAUCUGCUAUGGCGGUUUAUUGAUGCGCAAACGGUACUCAUUGGGCAUAGUCUUAAUAACGAUCUUGCUGUCCUUGGAAUGGUACACACCCGCGUUGUUGACUCGGCUAUGGUAACGCGGGUUGCGGUUGCUGAAGAUUGCAAGCGACGUUGGGCGCUGAGGAAACUCGCUCAGCAGUUUCUUGUUCUGGAUAUCCAAGCCGGAAAUGAUGGUCAUGAUUGUGUUGAAGAUACCUAUGCGGCGCGUGAAGUUGUAUUGUGGUGCCUGCGAAAUGCAUCCAGGCUGCAGGCCUGGGGUGCUGAUGAACGGAGAGCCAUGGCGGGAAAUACAAAAGGGAAGAAGUCCCUCGUCACAAGGGCCGUUGAGGUAGCAUCUGCGAAUUGA